GAUGCAGAGCUGAAGUCUCAAGCUUUGUCUUAGAACAUAAGUUGCUGCUGCUAGUUUCGUAGUGAUUCUCCCCCAAAGAUGACUUUAAUACAAAGAGUGUGCUUAAUAUUGUUUGUUCUCUGUUUACUUAAAUAUAGUUUUAGCGUGCACAAUAAACACCCAGUGUUAUUUUCAAAGUUAGCAACAUGCCAAGAGUUCUCUUUGGAAGCGGAUAAAUGUCUUCACUUUUUCCCUUUUGAGAAAAUUAAAAACUACAAAUCAAAGGAGAACAAAAUCCACUUGAAGUUGUAUGUGAUGGCCUCAAUGGACGCAAACAUUGUACUCACAAAUGGUUACGGAGAAGGAACUGUUCGUUACACAGCUGUUAUUGGAGGUGUGGGGAAUACCUAUUCUUGGUUAAGAAACACAAGUGAUACAACCGUAGGCUUAGACAGUCAUUUGCCUAAUAUUCUGUCCCCACUUUGGCCCACCCCAAUCAUUAUCGAACAGAAACAUGAUGGAAGGUUGGAUGUAUCAAUACCCGAAGUAGCAGAGCCACUUCUGACGACUGACGCGUCCGAUUUGACGAAUGUCCAAUCUUUUUGCCUAUAUGCAUGGAGGAAUCCUUGUCGAUGGUUCUUUAACUGUACUGAGAUUGAAGAUGAUCUCUUAGAUGACUUUUAGAUGCGAGUGUGCUGAGUAGAAGCGAUGGUUAAGAAAUUAAAGCAAAUCUUAUUUAAAUAUCCUAAAUACCAAUUUACCAUUUCGAAAUCAAAAUAUUUUCAAUCAUUUACUGAAACUAAGCAAUAGAUCACAUCAGUCAAACUGAACAGAAAACUAAUGUAGCCAACAAAGAUAGAUUCCUAGUUAAGGUACGACGAAUCAACUGUCAUUGUUGGUUAGGUUUUUUGUUUCCCUAGAUCCGGGUGUUUCAUCCAUCUCGUUGAGUAGAUGAUUAAGCCAUAAGAUUGUCACGUCACCCUUUGUUUUCAUGUGCUCAUUACCAUAUUCGUCGACGAGUGGUUCAUUUACAUGUGAAAGUAGCUGUAUAGUUCCUCUGAUUAUAAUUUCCAUGGCCAGACUGCUUAUUCUUAAGUGGAAAGGACCCUCAACCGCUAAAUCAAGUGUUAAAAAUUGCUCCCCACAGCGUCUGGACACGAAAUCUAAUUAUAAUAAUAUAAUAAUCGUUGGUGCAACAAUCCGUAUUGGAUUAGGGCCUUGAAGUGUGUUAGAGCACUUCAUUCAAGACCAAAACGGUACAAUACAGUCCGCAGUAGGAGGCAAUAUGGUCAGCAUUGCGCUCGCCCGAGAUUAUUACCCUGAUUUGACUCAGGUACUCAUUCACGGCUGAGUCGACUGUUACCGAAAUCCAGUCCCUCUGCUGUCAUUGAGAUUUGAACCGCGACCUUCCGCUACGACAGCCCAAUGCUCUAACCUUUGAAGCCACCCGAACACAAAAGAAAUAAGCUUGCGAAAACCAAAAUAAAGUUUUUAAUUUGAGAAGUAUUGAGGGUUAGUUAUAUGCAGAUUCAUUCAUUCAUUCAUUACAUAGUAACCCUGCCGUUCCUUCAUUGCAUGCGAUCCUAUGAACGACGCAUUGGAGAAUGAAAUUGAGGAUCCUACGAACUGCUAAUUAAAGCUCUUCGACGAGCUGGAGAUCAGGCGAUUUGAAUGCUGCUGCAAGGAGAUCGAACAGAACAACCUCGAAUCUCGAACCCUACUACCUUAUAUACCGAAGAGAAUAGGCACACCGGAUACCAUAGGACCGAAACCCCUCCUUGACGAAAAACAACGUUGAAACAGAAGCGUGCUGAAUUAUAUCGUCUUCUGAAGAUCUCAGAAAGAGACAACAAGCGACACUUCAUGGAACUACUGAGAAAACUACAAUACCGAAAAAUGGCACUGUCGAAAAAAAUGAUAUUAAGGCAGCGAUAUUUACAAUAGUCAUAAUAUAAUAAUAUGCUAUGAUAGUAUUGUAAUAAUAAAUAUGUCGUUAAAAGGUUAAAUAGACAGCGUUAUGUUUAA